AUGGAGACAAAUCCACCAACAUUGGAGUUAAUGUCGCCGAUCCAUAGUUUCCCCAACAAGUUCCUUAGCAGUGACUUCCAUAAUGAUGAGGAAUUAAAUGUUCAAGCUUCUGGAUAUACUUACAUGGAAGUUGAUGGUUCUCGAUCAUCUGUAGUGCCUUUGAGAUCACCGGAUUAUCUGAUCUCCAACAACUUCAUGAACAGCGGUUUCCAUACUGACGAGGUUAUGGAUAAUGAUCAAGCAUCCCAAGAUUCUGGCUACGCUAACAUGCCGGGUGCUGGUUCUGGAUCACCUCAGGGCCCUUCUGUGUUUGCUGAAUCAUCUCGCACCCCUUUAGAUGGGCCAGCGCAUCCACACUUCGUUUUUGAUACGCCUCAGGGAACCCGUUACUGGAUUCCUAACGUCGCUGAUAAGUUCAAACCAGUGUGUGGGAAAUCUUAUCCGACAUUUGAUGCUGUUGUUUCCAUGUAUGAACUUUAUGCGUUUGAAGCUAGUAUUUCUGUUAAAAAAGGCCAAACUAAAGUCUGGAAUGGAAUUCCCACACACAAGUAUCUUCGCUGCUCAAAAUACGGGAAACCACAAUCCAAGAGGACUUUUGACACACUAGAUGAAUCUUUUGUAAGGCCUAGGAGAACCAACUUUACAUGGUGUGUCUGUAAGGCAAGCAUUCUAGUCUCAAUCUUUAAUGAUACAUACACAGUUCUGAGUUUCAAUGAUAUACAUAAUCAUGAACUUCUUGAGAAUUACAACCGUGAUCUUAGCAAGAUAUCACGGAAGCUGUCAUUCUCCACCAAACAAUUCAUUCACAAUAUGAGUCUAAACCGUAUCGGACCCAUGAGAGCUUAUAGAUGUCUUGUAGCUUUAAAAGGGGGGCAUCACAAUGUCAACGGGACUCCGGUGGAUUUUAAAAAUUUUAGCCACCAGUUGCGAAUUUUUAUUGGUGAACGCGACGCACAAGUUUUCCUUGAACGCUUGCGUGAGCGCUUUGACAACCUACCCAACUUCUAUUUUGAUUACACGGUAUCGAAUGGAAAGUUGUCUUCUGUAUUCUGGGCUGAUGAGAUUUCAAAGCUAAACUACAAAGCUUUUGGCGAUGUCCUCGCCUUCGACGCGACUUACAGCACUAACAUGUACAAGAUGGUUUUUGUGCCAUUCACGGGUGUGGAUCAUCAUUUCCAAUGUGUUACAUUUGGUGCGGGUUUGAUAUCAACCGAGUCCAUUGAAUCUUAUGUGUGGUUGCUUAAGGCUUUUUUGAAGGCACACGGUACUCAACCAACUCUCGUGUUGAGUGAUCAAGACCCAUCCAUGCUUCAAGCUGUUCCUAUGGUCUUUACCAAAUCACGCCACCGUCUAUGCAUGUGGCAUAUAAUGAAAAAACUACCCUCCAAGAUCUCCGCGGACCUUCUUGACGACACUAAUGUUCGGUCCUGCAUUCACCGGUUGGUUUGGAAUGUUUAUAUCAAACCAGAAACGUUUGAGUCCCGCUGGAAUGACCUCCUAGAAACAUUUGGCCUACAAGACCACACUUGGUUGAACGACAUGUACAACAUCAAACAUCUUUGGGUACCAGCCUACUUCAGGGAACUGCCAAUGUGUUGCUUGAUGAAGACUACUUCACGCUGUGAAAGCUCUAACGCUGCCUUCAAGGUCAACUCAACAAGCGUAAACACCCUUGUACAAUUUAUGAUGUGCUUUGAAAAUAGGGUAGACAGCCAACGCUAUCGGGAACGUGUAUCGGAGUACAAAACCUCAUCCACGGUGUUUAAGGGCAAUACUGAUUUAGCGGUAGAACAGCACGCGUUCGCCAUUUACACAAACGCUGUUUUUGCACAAGUUCAAAAGGAGAUAAUUAAAGGGAAGUUUUUAUGCUACAUCACAAACCAAACCGAGUCCAGCAAUACCACUCUUUUGAUAGACGUCACUCAUUUGGACAAAAGGAACAACAUCACAAACGUCUAUCAGGUGGCGCCGAGAUGCCCUCCCAAAAGAGGUUUUCUCACUUUCCAGCCGAUACGGAGUCAACCCACACGCACCUUCCGUUAUGCGGAUGAAAUCCUCGACCUCGUUACUGAAUGCGUUGAUGUGGCCAGAACCGACGAGGAUUCGUUGUCAAAAUUGGUUGCACAACUCCGGGAUUUCAAGAUCAAUGUGCUUUCCAAGCAACCAUUGGGUACAAUUCAAAAUGAAACAACAGAGUGUGAAAUGGAAGAAAUAGUUGGGCAACCAAUCAACAUUCCAGUCGAAGUUGCUAAUCCAGAUGUUGUACGCAAUAAGGGAUGUGGUACACAUACUCGCAUUUCUGGACCCGGUGAGAAGGCAAAGGCAAAACCAGCAAAACGUCCAAAGCAGCUUCGUUUAUGCAAGCGUUGUGGUCUGUAUGUCGACGACCACGACUCACGCAACUGCGUUAAGGUGGCCGCAAUGAAAGCAGCAAAGGCAGCUGCUGAACAACAAAGGCAGACCACCCCUGGUCCUCCACCUCUGAUUAAAAUCUUUAUUUUUCGUUUUACUACUACUAUGUAA